AUGGAAGAGGGUAGAGUGGUGAGUGAUGAGUACACACAAGAUGGAACUGUGGAUCUCAAAGGGAAACUCAUUCUCAAAUCCAAAACUGGUGGAUGGAAAGCUUGCUCCUUUGUUGUUGUGUAUGAGGUAUUUGAGAGAAUGGCAUACUAUGGAAUAUCAACAAACUUGAUACUGUAUCUGACAAGGAAGCUUCACCAAGGAACUGUGACCUCUUCCAACAAUGUCACCAACUGGGUUGGCACCAUUUGGAUUACUCCUAUCUUAGGAGCCUAUCUUGCAGAUGCUCAUCUUGGUCGCUAUUGGACUUUUCUCCUCUCCUCGAUCAUCUAUUUAUUGGGUAUGUCUCUACUUACACUAUCAGUGUCCCUUCCAAGCCUAAAGCCACCAGAGUGCCAUGAAUUGGACGUGACAAAAUGUGAAAAAGCCUCCACACUUCAACUAGCUGUGUUCUAUGGUGCACUCUACACUCUAGCAAUAGGAACAGGAGGAACCAAACCCAACAUUUCCACCAUUGGUGCUGACCAAUUUGAUGACUUUGACUCCAAAGAGAAGAAGUACAAACUCUCCUUCUUCAAUUGGUGGAUGUUCAGCAUCUUCAUUGGAACCCUCUUUGCAAAUUCUGUUUUAGUCUAUGUACAAGAUAAUGUGGGGUGGACUGUUGGGUAUGCUCUUCCCACUCUUGGACUUGCACUUUCCAUAAUCAUAUUUUUGGCAGGCACACCAUUUUAUAGACACAAAGUACCCACUGGGAGUCCAUUCACUAAGAUGGCUAAGGUCAUAGUGGCUGCUGUUAGGAAAUGGAAAAUUCCUAUUCCUAGUGACACUAAAGAACUGUAUGAGCUUGAUUUGGAAGAGUAUGCCAAGAAAGGGAAAGUCAGAAUUGAUCCCACUCCAACUUUGAGGUUCCUCAACAAGGCAUGUGUCAAGACUGAUUCAAGUGCUAGUGGAUGGAAGCUAAGCCCUGUUACCCAUGUAGAGGAGACCAAACAAAUUCUAAGAAUGAUCCCCAUCUUGAUUGUCACAUUUAUUCCUACUGCAAUGGUUGCACAAAUAGGUACCCUUUUUGUGAAGCAAGGUGUUACACUUGAUAGAGGCAUUGGUAACUUCAGUAUCCCCCCUGCAAGUUUAAGCACAUUUGUGACUCUAUCCAUGCUUAUUUGUGUGGUGCUCUAUGAUCGUUUCUUUGUCAAGAUUAUGCAAAGGUUGACCAAGAACCCUAGAGGAAUAACCCUUCUCCAAAGGAUGGGAAUUGGCCUCAUAAUCCACAUAGUGAUUAUGGUAAUUGCAUCUCUAACUGAAAGGUAUAGGCUUAGAGUGGCCAAGGAACAUGGGUUGGUGGAAAAUGGAGGACAAGUUCCUUUGAGCAUUUUCAUCUUGCUUCCUCAAUACAUUCUUAUGGGAACUGCUGAUGCAUUUUUUGAGGUUGCCAAAAUUGAGUUCUUCUAUGACCAAGCCCCAGAAAGCAUGAAGAGCCUUGGCACUUCCUAUUCAAUGACUGCCUUAGGCAUUGGGAACUUCCUAAGCACCUUUAUUCUCUCAACAGUUUCACGUGUCACCCAGAAACAUGGUCACCAAGGAUGGGUUUUGAACAACUUGAAUGCUUCUCAUCUUGACUACUACUAUGCACUUUUAGCCAUACUAAACCUAAUCAACUUCAUAUUCUUCAUGCUUUUGACAAAGUUCUAUGUGUAUAGAGCUGAAAUUUCAGAUUCCAUAAAAAUGCUUGGGGAAGAGCUGAAAGAAAAGACAUCAAACCAAGUGAUUCCAAGAGAUUGA